AUGUUCUUCUCCGGGUCACUUCAGGAAGGAAUUACACUCGCUGUUCAACAAGCUAAGGCUGUUGUCUGCUUUGUUCGAGAUGACAGCGAAACAAGCUCUACAUGGGAGGAAGAGUAUUUUCUAGGCGAUGAGCAGUUUACGCCAUUACUCGAAACAAAAUCUGUCCUAUUGCGCAUCGCCAAAGACAGCCCAGAAGCAGGGUUCCUCUCCUCUGUUUGCCCUAUUACACAAUACCCGGUAGUGAUUGCCAUAAGAAAUGGAAUGUUAUGCGAAUACAUCGUACCGGAAAUCUCGAAGGAAGACUUUCACAGUCGGCUUAUGCUUGUUCUAGAUGGCAGUAAACCUCAGACUCAACAGGCUGUGCAUUCGACAGUGUCGCAAAAUCCACCACCAAGCCAGGAGGCAGGUCCCUCCACCACCCAGGCUACUGAACCGGGCGUUACAGCCCCCUCUACCACAACCGGUACGGCGCAUUCCCAAUCGACUCCAGGCCAGCCGAGUCCAACUACUCCCAGCAGGAAAUCGGAAAAUAAGAAGGUUGAAACUACACGGACUCCCCGAUAUUCUCUACCCACUGCAGCACAGCAACCCCCAAAACAAAAGGAAGGACCUAAACUUGCCAACAAAGACAAGAAAGAGAAGGCAAAGGGGGAGCCUUCCGCAUCAAAGCGGCCGCAGCCCACAGAGGAAGCCUCCGCCAGUCAGCCAAGGCCAGCACGUGGUCCGCCUUCACAAUAUCGCCUUCAGGUACGGCUGUUCGAUGGAAGGUCGGUCCGGUCAACAUUCACACCAUCCCAGACUAUUCGAAAAGAUGUACGAGCUUGGCUCGAUGGCGAAAUGGGGGAGGAAAAACGACCCUUUAACCUGAAGCACAUUCUCACCCCCUUACCAAACCAGACUCUUACGAUUGCGGAGGAGGACCAGGCGCUUCAAGAGCUCAUAGUCGGGUCCACUGCGACCUUCGUUAUGGUCCCCGUCAAGUCAUAUAUAGAGGCAUAUACGGAGUCCAGCUCCACGUUAAGUUUGCCUGUUCGAGCAGUUUCCGUCGUAUAUGGACUGGUUUCCUCUGCUGUCAGCACCGCCAUAGGGCUAGGAGCCUCAUUGUUUGCCUAUGGCCCCGCCGCUGCAUCGUCUCAACCCGAACCCGCCCAACCAAGCACUCCACAGCCAACAGAGGAUACUGUGCAGCGGCGCCGUCCAUUCGCAUCCGGCCCAAACAUUCGGACUCUGAGAGACCAACAAAACGACCAGGAUAGGAGUCAGUUUUACAAUGGGAACCAGGUACGGAUUGUAUCUACUAACCCUCUCGACCUCACAGUUGGACGUCGAUGUUGCGGUCGCUUUUACUAA